AUGACAUCUAGGGAAAAGUCAAGGAUGAGAUUUCUAACAACUGCGACACUUCUUGCGGGCAACGUGUCCGCAACAAUCUAUUAUGCAGGAGUCGUUGAAAGUGGAGGGGAGUUCAGCGUGUGGAGCUCAACAUCGGCUGUUGACUCUGGACUGCCAGGGCGAUUCGGAGUGGAGUAUCAGUUCCUAAACGAGGCUGCCAUUGACAUUCACGAGGACCAGAAGAAUAAGGUCAAUCUGUUCAGGGUUGCUUUCUUACUAGAGCGGAGGCGAAUAUACAAUAAUCCCUCCAGGCAACCAACGACGGGCAGCAUUAUUGGCGAUGCAACAGUUGGAAUAGCAGCCACGACAACCCAAUUUGCCGCGUUCUGGGGCGAAAUUGCUAAACGAUUCAAGUUAAAUGAGAAAGUGCUAUUUGGAAUCAUGAACGAAUAUCUCGACUCCGACUUCUCCGGCGGGCACACGAACUUCACCUCCUCUCAUCCCACAAAUCUCACUCCUUUAACAGCAUGGCUCAAGCAAUACGGUUUCAAAGCCAUGAUUACUGGAUUUGACGCAGCCAAUGGAGCGCAGUGUUUGGGCUAUGUGACGGAUUUGGUGAAGUAUAUGGCGGCGAACGAGGAGCAUAUUGGCUGGACGCGUGGCCUGCAGGCGAAUAACCCUCUCUUCUCCCUCGGGGCGGGGUCCUUUUGGGGGGCCUGGAAGUUCUCGGAGACGGCGGAUCAACAUACACCGGCGCCGGAUUCCUCGUCACCCUCUCUCCUUUCCGCCUCGGCGCCCCUAAUGGUUUAG